AUGAAAGCAAAGUGGGUCAGAAAGCUGCUCAGGCCCUCCUCACCCAAGUCCUCUUCUACUUCCACCGGACCAUCCACUUAUUCUUUGUCUCACCCAUUACCGCAACCAUUCCAGCCUCAGCUUCAUUCUUUACCAUCGCCUCCAAUCUCACCUACUUCUCCAGUCAAGAAAAGGGCUAUCUUUGGAUUCUCUCACAGAAACGAAUCCGUCCCCAAGCUCUUGACCAUGGUCUUCAGUUCCAUCAGCGAACAUGAUCCGUUCAGGCAACUUCGCCGUUCUCACAGCACGCUCAAACCGACUGCGCCUAAUACAAGUCAUACUGUCACCAAACAUGAGCCUGCAGACACCAAUAUGGACAAGGAAAUCGAGACCACCACCCUCUACUAUUACCCACCAGAUCCUACGGAAGAAAUCUUCGAGGAGCCUCAGUGGAGGCAUUCUCAACAACUUGAUACGAAGGACAUUCGACUUAGAUCCAAUAGCCUACCUUCAUUCCCAACUCACACUCACCGAGCGCGUCCCAAACCCCGGCCCCAUGAGAUCACAUCCUUACCUGAAAACUACGUGCAGUACUUGAAGCAUCAGCAGGAACAGUAUGAAGAAAAUCAGCGUUUUUCACCUGCCCCUACUUUUCAACAGGGCAAGCAACAACGACAUGGACUAGGCCGGUACGCGCGGCACUCGGGUGACACAAUUGCGGCACUAAGGGCCUCGGCUGCGAGAAUGUUUGAUUCUGCAUCUCGGCCAACCUCGCCAUCACUCCCAUGUUUGUCAACAUUGCCUGCUAAAGGAAAACAUUUGAAAUUUCGUGAUCAUCCAAGCUGUCCCUUCAACACGCCGUGCGUCUCGGAUUCUAUUGGGCUACCGUCCAUCCUGCAUGCCCGAAUUCACCAUAUCAACAGUCUCUCCCAUGCGUUGAAGCAGCGUGUGGCGGAUGACCCGAAUUAUGAACUGCUUUUAAAGGUUAUGGAUAGCCUCGACGGAUCGGUCGAAGGCCUCUGCCAGAAGAUCGGAACGACCAUAGGUAUUGCUCCUCAGCAGCACACAGGAUCUCACUCAGGAACAGCGGCCAUUAAUGUCCAAGACAUAGUAUCAUCCCCGCGCACUCCACCCACCUCCACUACAAUGUCGCCAGUACCUUUGCGCCCGCGCCGGUCAAGCACAAGCGAUAUACCACCGUCGACACACAAAAGGGUUCUGAAAUUGAGCUCUCGAAGAUCCACAAGUGUGGGUGUGAGCAAAACGCAGCCUCCGCGGCUUUAUCAAGCCAGUAGCAACGGUACCACAGCCUCAUCGCCAAUCACAGCAGGACCACCAUCACGGAACAAUAGAUCUCGGCGUCCUUCCUGUUGCUCAACGUUGCCUCCGCCUCCGGUUCAGACACUACCCAGGGUACCAUUGUGCAAGCGACCGUCUCUCCGAUCGGUUUCUCUGCCUGCGGCUCCUAUAUUUUUUCAGCCCCCUUCUGGUCCACCGCCGCCUGUUCCUGUAGCACCCCCACAGACUGAACGAUUACAUCGCCUCCGAUCCAUGCAGCAAACCGCUUCAGCUGAGGAGCAUAGACGUUCUGGGCAUGACGGUGUCUGUCCCCUCGUCAGCCAGGUUGUGGAUAGCCAUGGCGAAACCGAACUGAAAACAGUGCCUCUGGUACUUCCACAGGACCCGGAAAUGUUUAGCAGUGAUAAACCAAUCUCGUUGCUUCUGUAA